CUUUCAGCUACAAGUCCCACUUUUGAAGAGUUAAACUCUGCCUUCGAAUCCCAGCGAGACUAUCUGUACUUAUUUUACAGAGUAAAGUCGUUUUUCACAAUUGGGCAUACUCAGCUCCGGAACUUAGCCUGACAUAUACGCCCCUAACAGUGCACCAAUCCCACAGACCAUUAAAAUAGCACCGAGGCUAACGAAUACGGAGUGCUCACAGACGGCGAUAAGCAGAUCAUGAGGAAUCUAUGACGUUUAUCGAACCCGUCACCUUUUUCUAGAUAUCACCUUUUAGCCCGCAUCCAAAUUGAAGAUGGAAUUUAAUACAAAACCUAAGGCGGCCAAUUUCGACGGUUCAUCUGUUCACCUGGCGCAAAAAUGGCUGGAUUGGCGUCUUGAGCGUAUGGGCUUGGAAUAUCUCCCCGUUCCCUUCCCUAGCAUGCCAGCCAACAAGUUUCGCUCCGCGGAAGGGUUGCAUUUUCAACCCAAACCCGCUCGAUCAUACUUUCACCUUUCAUAUCCCACUGCCUUUUUAAGGUUCGAUAUCGUUACUUGUGACAGGAUGGUUGGUUCUUGAAAUGUAUACGGAAGAGUAUAAAUUGCGGGCCAGUUUGACAAUCUUAGUCUCGUCUUGAUCCCUGGUUUAUAUAAUACCUGAUUUAUAUAAUACUGCAUAUUUUAAUGUUAAUGUUUGCAUCUGCUGUAAUGACGGAUCUCUCUGCAGUCGCUCAGAGACAGACAAUAUCGUAACGUCGUUGGAGUGAAACCAUGGCUGGCUUCACUGGUUAUUUACUGGAUCCUUCCUCUCUCACAAUCCUUGCCACCAUAGCAGGAUUGGGCAUUAUCAUUUGGUAUGCAGCAGUUGUUAUAUAUCGAAUCAAUUUCCAUCCAUUGGCACAUAUUCCUGGCCCAUUCCUUGCCCGAGCAACGCACUUAUACUCUUUCUAUUUCAAUGGUAUAUUGGAUGGGAAGCUAUACCUUCAAAUCGAUAAGUUGCAUGAAACAUAUGGUAUGUUCCGUUGCUUGAUUCGUUCCUGGUAUAUAUACAAGUAUGAAAGUCGAAACCGAGCUUACUGGAGUAUUAUUGAGGCCCUGUGAUCCGGAUAACU